AUGCAUCUCGUUCUUCCUCCAUUGUUACUUCCUUUUUCAUUUAUACUGCUUAUAUACACACUCUUCUUCUUCUUCUUCUUCUUCUUCUUCUUCUUCUUCUUCAAUCAUUUCCUUCAUUAUUACUACUUUUUUAUUGAUCAUUCAUAUACAAUUUUCCACCUCAUCUACUUCUUCUUUUUCCUCCACCUCCUCCUCCCUUCUUCUUCUUCUUCUUCUUCUUCUUCUUCUUCUUCUUCUUCUUCUUCUUCUUCUCUUCUUACGUAUCUUCUCCUUCUUCUUCUUUUUCUUCUUCUUCUUCUUCAUCAUCAUCAUCUUCUUCCAUCAACACAUAUUACUUAUUUUUCACUCACCAUUAUUAACUUUUCAUUGAUACUACAUUCUUCUUUUUCUUCUUCUUCUUCUUCUUCUUCUUCUUCUUCUUCUUCACAUUCUCAAUCAUUUCCUUCAUUAUUACUUCUUUUUUUAUUGAUCCUUCAGAUACAAUUUUUCCUCCUCAUCUCCUUCUUCUUUUUCCUUCUUUUUCUUCUGUGGCUGCAUUCUACCACCUUUUCAGUCAUGAUUAUUAAUUUUAGAAUAAUAGUACGUAUCUUCAUCUUCUUCUUCUUCUUCUUCUUCUUCUUCUUCUUAUUAUUAUUAUUAUUAUUAUUAUUAUUAUUAUUAUUCAUGAACCUUUCUUUCACCAUUCUUCUCUUGGCCGAUAUUCUUCACCGAUUAUUUUAUAAUCCAUCUCUUCAUAUUCGUCCCUCCUCUUCUUUACUCCACGCAAUUUUGUGCUAUUAUACAAUCUCUCUCUCUAUCUAUCUAUCUAUCUAUCUAUCUAGCUAG